GUUGAGGGGGUCCCCUAGACCCGUACGCCAUGACGGUGGUGAGACCCAUGGCGCGAGUGCCGGCGACGCCGCCGGAGGAGGGCCUCCUGGUGGCGUCUUCCGACGCGAGAGCGGGCGCGCAGGUCACUGCGGGGCGGGCGCUAGGCUAUGGGGAGGUGCUGCUGAGAGAAGAGCCUUUGCUGUUGGUGCCCCAGGACGCCCCUCAAUUCCUCCGGGCGGCGCCGGAAGUCUUCCAGGAGGUGGCGGCCAAGCUGGGGGACGCCACACGGCCGGCGGCCUUCGCUGCCUUUCUGCGGCUCCCGGAGCAGCAGCGCCAGGCACUGCUGGAGCUGGGCCUGCCACAAGGCAGUGGGGCCUUUGAGGCCACAUCGAAGGCCGUCGGGGCUUUCCUGCGGGACUUCCCUAUGUACUCAUCUGCCUUGGACUGGCCGCUCUUCGCCCGAGUGGUGGCCAUCAUCAGCGAGCGCGGCACUCGGCUGGAGUCCGGCGAGCAGGCAGUGUACCAGGUGUCGGAUGCCAUGGCGCACAGCUGCCGGCCCAACGUGGUGCUGGAGACGUUGCCGGGAGGUGUGCGUGAGCUACGGUGCAUCAGCUACACCGGCAUCGCGGAAAACGAGGCGGUGACGGUGAGCUACGUGCCCGAGGAGGUUUUGCUGGCGGACACCGCCCUGCGGCGAGCGCAGAUCCAGCAGCUGCGCCAGGGCUGGACCUGCGCCUGCGAGCGGUGCAAGCUCGGCAAGGAUGCCAUGGGGCAGCUUUCGGAGGUGGAGAAGGGCCUGAGCCCGAAAAUGCCACAGGAAGAGCUGGAGAAGCGGCUGAAGGUGCUGCGGGACAUCGACGAGGCGCUGCCCUUUGCCAUGGCGGUGAAGGCCCGGGUGCGCUUCAAGGUGGCGCAGGCCUGCGAGGCGCUGUUGGCGCAGGCCGCGCAGCAGCUGUACGCUCUGGCGCUGGACGAGAACGAAGUGGUGUUGGGGCAGAAGGGCCUGCGGAGCGCAGACAACAUCAGGCGCAGGCUGUCUCAGCUCCUGGAGCGAUUGGAGGUGCUCCUAGACCCGAAGACGGACAUAGGAGAAAAAACCGCCGAGAGGGUCAACCACUUGAUCCACCGAGGGAAGAGGAUCAUCUUCAUCACCAACAACUCCAACUACACGCGCCACGGGCUGAUGCAGGAUUUGGAGAAGAAGCACCGCAUUUUGCUGCACCAGACGGAGUUGUCCCACACCUUGAGCGGGCAAAAGCUGGAGGUCGAAGCCAACGGCAAGGGCAAGGGCAAGGGCAAGGGCAGGGGCAAUGCCGUCGAUAAUCAGAUCGUACGUCAGCAUGUGGUUACCAGCGCCAACACCUGUGCAUGGUUCUUGAAGCAGAAGGGCAUCCAGCGGCCCUUCGUGAUUUGCUCCACCACGUGCCUCUGCGAGGAGCUGGAUGCUUUUGGCAUUACCAACUAUGUGGCCACCAUCAACAAGGAUGGCAAGCCCAAGCAAGAGUUCUUGGAAGAGAUCACCAGCAAGCGCGUCUGCGACCUCGUGGCCAAAGCUCCCGACGUGGACGCAGUGGUGAUCGGCUGGGAUCAGCACUUCACAGCCUUGAAAGCCGCAGUGGCAACUCAGUAUAUCAAGUGGUCAGAGGAGAACGGAAAGACCUUGCCGGUGAUCUCCUGCUCCAUGGAUCGAAGUGGCAUGCUGGGGACCACGGAUGAGAACUUCUGCAAAAGCCAGAACUUCAACUGCAAGAAGAUCCGGGCCAUGGGCAACGGCUCCAUGACCUCCUCGGUGAUGCACUGCGCUGGCCUCCUGGAGGCCAUCACGUUGGCAAGCCCUCCCUGA